GGUGGUCGCUUCGCCCGCACCGGCACCGGCACCGGCACCGGCACCGGCACCGGCACCGGCACCGGCACCGGCACCGGCACCGGCACCGGCACCAUGGCCGAAGAGCUGGAGCUGGAGACGUGGGACCUGCAGUGCGAGAGCAAUGGCCGGGAGCACCGGACGGCAGAGAUGGGCUGCCAGCAGCUGGUGGUGCGGCGGGGGCAGCCCUUCACCAUCACCCUGCACUUCUCCGGCAGGGGCUACGAGGAGGGGGUGGACAAACUGGCCUUCAACGUCGAGACGGGGCCCUGCCCCAUCGAGACGUCGGGAACCAGGUCCCACUUUGCCCUGACCGACUUCCCCGAGGAGGGGGCCUGGAGCGCCGUGGUGCAGCAGCAGGACGGGGCCGCGCUCUGCGUCUCGCUCUGCUCCCCUGCCAGUGCCUGCGUCGGCCGCUACAGCCUGACGCUGGAGGCCUCCACCGGCUACCAGGGCUCCAGCUUCCGCAUUGGGGACUUCGUUCUGCUCUUCAACGCCUGGCACCCAGAGGACACGGUCUACCUCCGAGACGAGGACGAGCGCCGCGAGUACGUGCUGUCUCAGCAGGGGCUCAUCUACCAGGGCGCCCGGGACUACAUCACCUCCACCCCCUGGAACUUCGGCCAGUUUGAAGAUGACAUCUUGGCCAUCUGCCUCAACCUGCUGGACACAAACCCCAAGUUCCUGAGGGACCAGAACCGGGACUGCUCCCGCCGCAACGACCCUGUUUACAUCGGCAGGGUGGUGAGCGCCAUGGUCAACUGUAACGAUGAGGACCGCGGGGUGCUGCUGGGACGGUGGGACGAUCAUUACGACGACGGGAUGAGCCCGAUGGCCUGGAUUGGCAGCGUGGAUAUUCUGAAGCGGUGGAAGAAGUUUGGGUGCCAGCCAGUCAAGUAUGGCCAGUGCUGGGUCUUCGCUGCCGUGGCGUGUACCGUCAUGCGCUGCCUGGGCAUCCCCAGCCGGGUGGUGACCAACUACAACUCAGCCCACGACACCAACGGCAACCUGGUCAUCGACCGCUACAUGAACGAGACGGGGGUGGAGGAGAGGCGCUCCAAGGACAUGAUAUGGAACUUCCACUGCUGGGUUGAAUCCUGGAUGGCCCGACCAGACCUGGCAGCUGGCUACGACGGGUGGCAGGCGCUGGACCCGACCCCCCAGGAAAAGAGCGAAGGGGUUUACUGCUGCGGGCCGGCCCCCGUCAAGGCCAUCAAGGAGGGCGACCUGCAGAUGAAGUACGACAUCCCCUUUAUCUUCGCCGAGGUGAACGCCGACGUGGUGUACUGGAUCGUGCAGCGCGACGGCUCGCAGAGGAAGAGCACGCACUCCUCGGUGGUGGGGAAGAACAUCAGCACCAAGAGCGUGGGCAGGGACAGCCGCGAGGACAUCACCCACAACUACAAGUACCCGGAGGGGUCUGAAAAGGAGAGAGAAGUGUUUGCCAAGGCAGAGCACGAGAAGAGCUCCCUCAGCGAGGGCGACGAGGGGCUGCACGUCAAGAUCAAGCUGUCGGAGGGCGCAAACAACGGCUCCGACUUCGACGUCUUCGCCGUCAUCAGCAACGACACGGACACGGAGCGCGUGUGCAGGCUCAUGCUGUGCGCUCGCACCGCCAGCUACAACGGCACAGUGGGCCCGCAGUGCGGCAUGAAGGACCUGCUCAACCUCACCCUCGGGCCCCGCACGGUGCAGAGCGUGCCCUUGCGCAUCCUCUACGAGAAGUACGGGCCGUGCCUGACCCAGGACAACAUCAUCAAGGUGGUGGCCCUCCUGACCGAGUAUGAGACGGGUGACGUUGUGCUGGCCAUCAGGGACGUCUACAUCCAGAAUCCGGAGAUCAAGAUCAGGGUUUUAGGGGAGCCGAUGCAGAAUCGGAAGCUGGUGGCAGAGAUCACGCUGGUGAACCCCCUCGCAGUCCCGCUGAACAACUGCGUGUUCGUGGUGGAGGGAGCUGGCCUCACCGAAGGGCAGAGGAUCAAGGAGUUCGAGGACCCUGUCGAGCCCCAGGCAGAGGCCAAGUUCAGGCUGGAUUUCGUGCCGCGCCAGGCGGGCCUGCGCAAGCUGAUGGUGGACUUCGAGAGCGACAAGCUGACGGGGGUGAAGGGCUACCGCAACGUCAUCAUCGCACCCCUGCCCAAGUGAGGGGCCCUGUCCCCCCCCAGGCCAUCGCCACCCCUCACACCGAGCCCCUGCCUCCCUGCUGCAGCGAGGGCUGGCCGGCCCCCCUCAGUUCAGCCCAGGACGAUGCUGCGGACCCACAGAACGACUGCAAAACCCUGCCUGAGCCACCCCAAGGCUGCAGUGCCACGCUCCUGCCCGGGAGCGCUCAGUGCUGUGGGGGAGGCAGCAGGAGGGGAGCAGGGCAGAGGGGCCAGGGGCUCCUGCAGCAGCCGCCCACCCGCUGCCCACCACCCUGGUGCCCACUGAGCCCCUCUCCAGCCACUGGCCUGGGCCAGCGCUGCCAACCCCACACCGUGGGGAACGGGCAGGCAGACAUUGACAUGGCCCAGGCGGGAUAACAGUGAUAACCCCGGCUGAGUUCCCCUGGGGAGCAGGGUCUGAGCCCCCCCCCUCACCACCUCUCCCUCACCGUGCAGAGGUGGAAGCGUCCCCAUCCACCUGUCCCUGCUCAGGGCGUAGGGGAGCCCUGGGGUCCCCUCCCGCAGCAGCCAGGCGGCAGCGAGGCUCGCUCCUUUUUCUGCAGCUCUAAACAUACCCCUGGGAAGCAGAGCACAUUUUAUAAAGCAAACAAUAGAAAGACAAUCUUCUCCAGCACUGAUUGCGCAGCAGCAGCGUUCACACGUGCCAGUUAAAACUCUCUGAAUGCAAUUUGGUAGAGAAAAGAUUGUAUACUGUGAGCACAAGGCUGCUUAUAUGCUAUAUAGGCAUAUGGCAUAAACCUAUUUAUGGCUAUAUAAAUACAUACUGCAUAGAGCCCUACUGCAUAGGUAAAGCAGGUUAUUUGCUUUAACGACUGUUCCUGUCACUGCAGAGACUGUGUGGUGAGGAAUGGGACGUUACCUUUACAUGAAUUAACUAUGCAAGCACUGAAUAAAAACUCUAUUUUUCACUUCUAAAGCCAG